AUGCCAUCGAUGACGCGCGCCUACUCUUCCCCAGGGCUGGACUCCCGGGGAAGGUAUAUCUUCGUCAACGGCCGCGGGGGUCCUGCACCUUCGAUGGAUGGCGCGAAGCGGCCCAUGAUGCCCUUGCAGAUGCGCGCCGACGAUCACAUCGAGACCCGUCUGGGGUCACUCAACAUUUCUGAGACCAUCUCUGAGAACGCAGAGCUCGAGACAGUCCCGCGAUCCCCCACCUCACAGCCCGGUUCCUCGCCGGUGCUCAUGCCGCAGACUUUCCCCCGCGUCGCUCGCAUGCGCUCUAUUUCCCCCCUUCCUUUCCAGCAGCCCAUCAGCAGUCCGCCUGCCUACAAUUUGCCGCCCAUGCUAGGCGGCAAGUACAACGAGUCAUACCCAAUCUAUCCUGCGUCUUCCACGUCCUCCAUACCCUCCACCCCAACCAGUCUUCGAUCGCGAAGCCCCAGUAUUUCCUCGCUGGAGACUAUUCCCGACAUUCCGGACGAGGAGGAGGAGGCUAUCGAAGAAGACGAACGUAUCGCUGAGCUCAAGGCUGCAGCCGAUGCCGCCGAUGCUGCGGGCAAUGGAAACCGCCGACGCGGGGCCUCGGAGACAUCGCCGUCUAACGCCUUCAACCCCAUGCGCGGCGGAUCCAACAUUUACACCACACGUAGCGAUAAGCGCAAGCGAUGGAGUGUCUGCGGCGCCGAGCGACGCCAGGAUCUUGACUUGGAGACCAUCUGGGAAGAUUGA